AUGGCCGGCUCUUAUGAUAGGGCCUUGAGUGGUAAGUUUGUCUUGAACAGAAGCUCUAAAAACGGAUGGAGAACUGAUAAUAAGUGUGAUCUACAGUUUUCAGGUAUCUAUCAUGCCCUUCUACUAUUCCCAUCUACUGAUUAUCGCAUCAGCGGCUAAUUCAUGGUAGUCCUGAUGGUCACGUAUUCCAGGUGGAAUAUGCUUUAGAAGCCGUCAAGAGAGGUACUCGUGCCCCUCCCCCCUCCGCCUUCACCCAGAAAUAUCUAUUCUGAAAUAUACUAAACUUAUCAAGGGACCUGCGCCGUUGGUGUUAAAGGAACCUCCAUCGUUGUUCUCGGCUGCGAAAAACGCUCUGCUAUGAAACUUCAAGAUACACGCAUCACCCCGAGCAAAAUCGGCCUCUUGGACAACCAUGUUUGCCUUGCUUUCGCCGGAUUAAACGCUGAUGCCCGCAUUCUCGUCGACAAGGCAAGACUGGAAGCACAAUCCCAUCGUUUAACCGUAGAGGACCCUGUAACCAUCGAGUAUAUCACAAAAUACGUUGCCGGUGUCCAGCAGAGAUACACGCAGAGUGGUGGCGUUAGGCCGUUUGGUAUUAGUACGCUUAUCAUUGGGUUUGAUCCUAAUGAUAAAAUUCCGAGACUUUAUCAGACCGAGCCGUCGGGCAUUUAUUCUGCAUGGUGUGUUCUUUUCGACUUGCGGGUUUCUUGUGGGAUACGGGGUUAAUUUGACUGUAUGGAGUAGGAAAGCGAAUGCCAUUGGUAGGUCUAGCAAGACAGUAAGAGAAUUUUUGGAGAGGAAUUACAAGGAAGAUAUGGAUCGUGAGGAGACCGUAAAACUCACCGUCAAGUCGCUUCUGGAGGUGGUUCAAACUGGUGCCAAGAAUAUUGAAAUUGCUAUCAUGGAACCAGGGAAGGAGAUGGAGGUUUGUUAUUUCCUUACCAUUUAUUUUCGGGUAGUGCUGAUAUCUCGCGCACAGAUGAUGACUGUCGAAGAUAUCGAGGGCUAUGUCAAGGAUAUCGAAAAGGAGAAGCAGGAGGAGGCUGCGAGGAAGAAGACUCGUGGCGGCGGUCAGUCAUCGUCUGCAGGAGGUGCGGCUUCGGGAACUUCGUCUUCAUAGAUGCUCGGGAUAGAUGGGGGCAAAUAAAACAAAUAUUAGCUAAUGCUUACGUAUGGGAGGUAUUUGAUAUCCGAAGUAAUUGCUUCUUCCGAGGAACAUUUGUGAUGCUAUCUUCAUAUGAGGUGACAUGCGGAUCUCCAAAGGGGCUGCUUCUGCGGAUUAUUCUCUGUAUGUUUAGCAUCAAUUCUCCCCACCAGACUCUAUCCGAGUAUGGGGUCGUUGGCCCUUGGGAAUGGGUGCGCUGUGCGGAGGCUAGGCACAUUUUCACUGGAGUGUGGUGGGAUGGGAUAUAUUACGACUUUAGUAUACUUGCGAUGCCCGACUUUGAGGCCAGCCGCGGUGCCCUGAACGGGAUUACUACAAGUCAGGGUUGUUGCAUAACUCCUGUGUUAUACACUUA